GUGGGGUGAUGGUGCUGCUUAAAUAGACUGCAUCAAUGACCGUUUCUUUCAGUCCACAUUCAGCUGUCCCGAGGAAUUUUCAUCGGGAAGGAGCUAGAGAAGUUCGAAGGGAUUACAAACCUUGAAGGGAUUACAUCAUGAAGAGGAUUUUCGUUGCGUUGGUGGCUGCUGCCUUUGUGCUGUCGGCCAUUGCUGUCGAAUUACCGAGCACCUUCAAAGUUUGCGAUAGAUCCUUACCGGAGAAGGAGUACUAUGAUUGCAUCAGUAAGAGUGCGAGGGAUGCCAUUGUUUCUUUGGCUGGAGGUAUGAAGGCUUUCAAAAUCCUUCCAUUAGAACCUUUGGCUGUGGACAGCGUGAAAAUUGGUGAAUCUCAGGGAUCGGUUACUUUGAGACAGGAAUACAAGAAUAUUAAACUACAUGGUCUUACCAAGAACCUCGAAAUCAAAAACUAUCACAUCGACUGGGAUAAGUGUCUGCUGUCGUCGGACUCUUUGAAUCCUCAAGUUGAUUUUGUUGCUGAUUAUAAAGUCGAUGGGAGGAUUUUGUUGCUGCCUGUUAGGGGAGCUGGCAAAUCUAAUAUCACAAUGUAUAAUUUACGGACACACAAUGACAUACACUGCGAGAAGUACCAGAAGAAUGGGGAGACUUAUUUGAGGGUGAAGAAGUUUGAUGUCAAGUUUUCGCCUUCUCGAGUCACGUUACGGUUUGAAAACCUUUUUGAUGGAGACACUUUGUUGGGUGAGCAAAUGAAUAAUUUCAUCAACCAGAACUCUGAUCUGCUGUUCAAAGAACUCCAAGCACCAUACGAGGAGACCUUCGGUUUGGUCUUCGCGAAGAUCAGCAACGAAAUUUACAGUCGUAUCCCGUUCAACAAAAUCUUCCCACCGCCGUAAAAGAUUUAUUAGCUCCAUUCAGGAAGCGAUGAAGUCAUGCUUUGUAAAAUAAAUCCGAAUUAAUUCGAAUUAUUUCGACGUGCCAAAAAUGUAGAUUUAUGUAUAUGUGUAAGGAACAGCUGUUAUCGUCAAUGAUUGAUCGCGUUGACUUUUUUAAUGCGAGGAAUUAGAAUAAAAAGAUUGUUGUAUAUGUA